ACAAACGAGAGGAGGAGAAACAACUCAAAACUCACAACACACUUCCUCCUCUCUCUCUCUCUCUCUCUCUCACCCAUCAUCCAUGGACUCAAGCAAAGCAGAAAUAGCUCAAGAGUUUCCCGGAAUGAUACGAGUCUACAGAGAUGGUCAUGUCGAAAGGUUAGUAGAAACUGAUUUUGUUCCAGCAUCAAAUGAUACCAUAACUGGUGUCACAUCCAAAGACAUCACAAUCCUAUCCAAAUCCAAUAUCUCUAUCUCCGCUCGCCUUUACCUCCCUACAAAACUUGCCAAUCCAAACCAAAAGCUUCCUCUACUUGUUUACUUCCAUGGUGGUGCUUUUUGUCUCUCUUCCCCAUUCACUUCCAAGUACUACAACUAUGUUAACACUCUUGUGUCUGAAGCUAACGUUGUUGCAAUCUCAGUGAAUUAUAGGAAAGCCCCUGAACACCCAAUUCCAGCUGCAUACGAGGAUUCUUGGGCUGCUUUACAAUGGGUUGAGUCCCAUUGUAACAAUGGUGGGCCUGAGGCUUGGUUGAAUGAGCAUGUGGAUUUUGAGAGAGUGUUCUUAGCUGGAGAAAGUAGUGGUGCUAAUGUUGCUUAUAAUUUGGCUAUGAAGGUUGGAGAGACCCAGGCCCAGGCUCAAUUUGGGCUUAAGAUGGGCCUUCUUGGGGUUGCUUUAGUCCACCCAUUUUUUUGGGGUUCAAACCCUACUGGGUCAGAUGCCCAAAACCCAAGUUGGAAGGCCGUGGUGGAUCGGUUGUGGCCAUUUGUGUGCCCAGCCCAACCAGAUAAUGAUAACCCAUGGGCUAACCCGGUGGCAGAGGGUGCACCUAGCUUGGCCCAAUUGGGGUGCAGGAGGGUUUUGGUGUGUGUGGCUGAGAAGGAUAUACUCAGGGAUAGAGGGUGGCUUUUUUAUGAGGCAUUGAGUAGGAGUGGAUGGAUGGGUGUGGUGGAAAUUGAAGAAACAGAAGGGGAGGAUCAUGGGUUUCAUUUGAAUGAUUUGAAAUGUGAGAAAGCUAGGGAUUUGAUCAAACACUUGGCUGAUUUUUUCAAUAGGGACAUGCCUCCACUGAUUUGAUUUGAUUGAGGGCUCUUGCAGUUGAGGAAAAUCAGAAAAUAUAGUAUCCUUUGGGCUUCUUUUAUUCAAUUUUUUAAGCUUUAAGAUUUGUUGUUUUUGGUUUGUCUCUGUUAGGCUUUCUUCACGUAAAGCUUUGUCAUCACUCGUCACGUGUGGUAUGUACAAUAAUAAUAUUGUUUUUCUUUUCAAA